GUCACCAUCACCACAGGCUACUAAUAUUGUAUCAGCUCAAGGCCUAACAUCCCUCUGCUUCCUUCAUACCUUAUCAAUGACAGACAACAGAGCAGCAAAAGGUAUUUCAGAAACACCAAUUUCAGAUGUUGGUAAUUGGACGGAGGAUGGAGAUCGUGUCCAAAUCAAUAUUACCGGUGCUGGGAAAGACGUAAAGCUGAGCAUAGCCCAACCACCUCCUAAGAAACCUCUCGAGAUGACCAUCCCAAAGCAGCAGCCUGUUGUGACAGAAAAACCAAAAGAAGAAAGUGACAAACAAAAGAAGGAAGUCGAAAAAACAAAAGAAGAAAGUGACAAACAAAAGAAGGAAGUCGAAAAACCAAAAGAAGAAGGAAGUGGCAUAGAAAAGAAGGGAGGCCAAGAAUCAAAAAGAGAUGAAACUGUGUUAGAAAAUGUAAUGACCAAGUUGAAGUCGUACAAGGGGAUCGUUAUAACGGCUUUUAUAGUCAUUUCAUUAGGGUAUUUGCUGCGUCGAAAAUUCAAAGUAGCUUGACAUUGAUGGAAGGAGUUGGUGAAUCAAUCGACCUGCAGUGUUUGUUUACGAUGCAUUUAUAUAUUCACUUAUUCAUCUCAGGGUUGUACACUGUUUAUAUGAUCCACAUAUUCAAGAAAGUGACUUAAUAAGAAUCCCAAUUCGCCAAUGAGCU